GAGUAUAGGUAAACCGGGCUACGAAGGGAUUGGUUUGGUUGGUAGACGGGCUCGCCUCCAAAUCGCAUAGUCGCGUGAUCGCAUCUGCUCUGCAUCUCCUUCCUCCUCAGUUAAAACUCUCCAACAAACCCAGCAUCUUGUAUCACCACCUCUAGCCUCUCCUCUGCGCUGCAAUUCUCGGAGUCUGAUCCAGCACUUCUUCCAUUGAAUAUCUUUGUACAGCCACUUUAUCCAUUGAAUAUCUUUGUACAACAGCUGUUUUUUUGUGUAUUGCAGGACUCUGGAAACAUGAGAUCGGGGUAUAUACACGUCUCUGACAGAAACCGACUGGGGAAAGGAAAAGCUCCAUCCCUGGUUGAUUUAUGUGUUCAGACUGCAAUAGAUAACAUUAGGUACAUUGGUGAUGUUGGUCCAACAGAUUCACAUCUUCUUGAGCACAUUUUACCCCAUUGUACAGUGGAGCAAUUGAUGCAUAUUGAAAAUGCUACAUCUGAGCGGGAUCUAAGUCCAGUUACUGAUAAACUGUGGAAGAAAUUUUAUGAGGCUGAAUUUGGUGCUAAGAGUGUUGAAGUGGUGGUGGAGAGGGUCAAAAAAUUUAAGGUGACAUUUAAUUGGAGACAAUUGUAUCAGGCGAAGUUGAAGGAAAUCAAUGAAAACGUAGAAGAAUCAUUAGAGCGACUAACACAGUCAUACAAGAAUGAAAGUGCCCGAAAGCAAAGUCGUCAAAUCCAGUUAUGUGCAAAGGUUCCCCCCUCGUCUAAGAGGCGAACCUUUUGUGGAGCAUUUGGAGAAUCAAGCACCUUUACCAAUGGGAAGAGCAGUAUUUUUAAGAAGGCAAAAGCUGAACAUUUUAACAGUGUAGCGAUGAAAAACCGGGCAGCUAUACGGAAAGGAGCUGUACAACAACCACGAAGUAACAAUGUCUCAAGGCCUCAAAUUGCUCCAGGGAAGGGCGUUAAUUCAUAUUCAAAACUUCCUAAGAAAUGGUGAGUAUGCAAGUGAUGCUUUCCCACCUCUAAACAUUAAGCGGGAAUGUCACCUUUUUUUUUUUUUCUUCUUCUUCUGUACAUCCACAUAGUAAGCACAUUUCUGUUGUAUACGAUAUUUUAUACUAGUCUUAUCCUUAGUGCUAAAAUAAUCAACCCGGCAUAACUUGAGCUGAUUCCGGUAUACCAAUUAUAUGAUUGUUUCCA